GCUCUUCUCUUCUACACGGCUCCAUUUUUUCCAUUCUAUUGAUUUUGCAUUUUAGCCCCUCAGGAAGCUGCGAUUUCGUGUCCGGUCCUUCGGCUCGAUUCCGCGCGUUCUCUGCUUCGAUCGAGCGCGCCGCCUGCUGUAAGAUCCCUGCGAGGCCUCUCGUUUAGCCGGUGCGAUUCUGCGCUCGGUUUCGUUUCUUCCCGCACAAAUCUCGUGUUUUUUGGCCCAGAUUUGGCCUGUGGGCGACCGUCUAGGUGUUUCUCGUGGGUUUCGGCUUCGUUUUGGCCGAUUUGCUGGCGGAUUUGGUGGUUUGGGGCUGUGAAGUUUGGAUAUCGUGCUCAAGAUGCAGCGUUAGAAACCCUCAGACUGGGUAUUUCCUGCCGGAGGAAGCUUUUCGAGGGAGGAAGCUGCCUUUGGGAGGAACUCUUCCAGUUCCGAGGAUUCCAGUGUACGCGCCGGGUGGGUGUGAUUAGCUUGAGUGGUAGCCUGGUGAUCUCGUUUAUCGCGUGGGUUUUGGUUAGAUUUCGUGUAGCGGUGAGCAAAGUUUGGGUGUCAAGUCUGGUGGUGGAAGCCCUCAGGCUGGAGAUUUCCUCCCUGAAGACGCCGAAGGAGCCGGCUCUGGAAGGAAUUUUCUUGCCAUCUCUGAGGUUUCCACUUCCUCCUUGGCAAAGUUGGGGAUUUCCUCCCUCCUAGGAAGCCGAGUAAGGGCUGUCUUCGCGAGGAAGCUCUUCCAGUGACUCGGGUUUGCGUGUAGUGCUUCAGCUAUUUAAUCAGCAUUGGCAUCCAAGAGAUUUACAAUUGUGUGAGACUGGGAACUUUUGAAUCAGUUUGGAUAAGGUGUUUUAGGAAUGGGGAACCAAUGCCAAAACGGGACUCUUGGGAGUGAUUACUACAAUCGUCCCGUUUCUAGGUAUGCUGAUGGAUGCCUCGAGGAGGAUCGCUACUCCGACUUGAAGAAAUUUGAGAAGCCUGAGGUGAACACAUUUAAGCCCACUGCUGCUGGUAUUUUGAGGCGGGGAUUGGAUCCGACAUCUAUCUUUGUCCUUGAACGGGAGACGGUGGACCUAAGGGAGCAUUAUAUCAUCGGUCGGAAACUUGGUCAGGGGCAGUUUGGCACAACAUACCUCUGCACCGAGAUCAGUACAGGGUGUGAGUAUGCAUGCAAGACCAUCCCAAAGCGCAAACUCAUCACGAAGGAGGAUGUUGAGGAUGUGCGCCGUGAGAUCCAGAUAAUGCACCAUCUGUCGGGCCACAAGAAUGUUGUUGCAAUCAAGGAUGUCUAUGAGGACGGUCAGGCGGUACACAUUGUGAUGGAGCUCUGUGCUGGUGGGGAACUCUUUGACCAAAUUCAAGAGAAGGGGCAUUACAGUGAGCAGAAGGCUGCAGAGCUUAUAAGAAUUAUUGUUAGCAUUGUGUCUAUGUGCCAUUCACUUGGGGUGAUGCAUCGUGAUCUCAAGCCAGAAAAUUUCCUCCUUUUGGACAAAAAUGAUGACAUGUCAAUCAAGGCUAUUGAUUUUGGUUUAUCUGUGUUUUUUAAACCAGGUCAGGUUUUCACUGAGUUGGUUGGAAGUCCAUAUUAUGUUGCUCCUGAGGUACUACACAAACGUUACGGACCAGAAUCUGAUGUGUGGUCAGCUGGAGUGAUACUCUAUGUAUUGCUGAGUGGGGUGCCACCUUUCUGGGCAGAGACACAGCAAGGAAUAUUUGAUGCUGUCCUGAAGGGGCACAUUGAUUUUGAAUCUGACCCGUGGCCUAAGAUAUCUGACAGUGCAAAGGAUCUUAUAAGAAAGAUGCUCUCAUCUUGUCCUUCAGAGCGUUUGAAAGCCCAUGAAGUACUACGGCAUCCCUGGAUCUGUGAAAAUGGAGUGGCCACUGAUCAAGCUCUUGAUCCUAGUGUUCUCUCUCGGCUCAAACAGUUCUCUGCAAUGAACAAGUUAAAGAAGUUGGCUCUGAGAGUGAUAGCCGAACGUCUUUCAGAGGAGGAGAUUGCUGGGUUAAGAAAAAUGUUCAAGGCAGUGGAUAUUAAAAAUAGAGGUGUAAUUACUUUUGGUGAGCUUAGAGAAGGUUUAAGAAGAUAUGGUACUGAAUUGGAGGAUAGAGAAAUUAGCGAUAUAAUGGAAGCGGCUGAUAAAGACAAUAAUGUGACCAUCAAUUAUGAAGAAUUUAUUGCUGCCACUGUGCCUCUUAACAAAAUAGAACGUGAAGAACACUUGAUGGCAGCUUUUACAUACUUCGACAAAGAUGGAAGUGGUUAUAUCACAGUUGACAAGCUUCAACGAGCAUGUGGAGAACAUAACAUGGAGGACACCUUCCUUGAAGAGAUAAUUUUAGAGGUUGACCAAAACAAUGACGGUCAAAUUGACUACGCCGAAUUUGUAGACAUGAUGCAUGGCAACAAAGUUGGACUUGGGUGGCAAACAAUGGAAACCAGUUUGAAUGUAACCUUGAGAGAUGCGCCUCAAGUUCAUUGACGCACACGUCGUGUACAGGCUUAUGCUCUCUUAUCUUGGCCACUAUACCUUCACGACCCGAAUUUGGGUUGUGACUCGUACGAGAAGAGAGCAAAGCAAUUCAUUUGGUAGUAUUUAUUCCAAAUAAGUAUGGGCUGGUUAGUAUAGUUACGAGAGACACUAGUAUGGGUUUUAUAUAUACAGUAGUGGUAUAUUGGUUCAUGUAGUUGCAAGGCUGGCAAGCGAUUCAAAAUACCAAAAGAGGUGCAUUCGGUUUGUUGUA